CUGUUCUGUCUUCUCGACUGGCCAUUCCAAUUACGUACGAUUUCCUUUUUCUUCGCCCCAUCUCACUUAGCUACAUUUGAUUUGGGUGAUUUGUCUUGUUCAGUUCUUGAUUAUUUGAAAUCUGGGUUUUGUUUCGUUUUGGUCACUUGCUCAAGUGAACAAAAAGGAAUGGCUCCUGGAUUAGAUUUCUCAGACUGGUGGGCGAAGGAUACGAGGAAAGGAACACCGGUGGUGGUGAAAAUGGAGAACCCAAACUACUCGGUGGUGGAAAUCGAGGACCCAGAUGGUGCAUUCAGGCCAGUGGAAAAGAGCAGAGGAAAAAAUGCAAAGAAAGUGACUUGGGUUUUACUUCUCAGGGCUCAUCGUGCUGUCGGUUGUGUCGCUUGGAUCGCUACACUGUUCUGGGCAUUGCUUGGAACCGUAAAGAAAAGGUUGAUCUUUAGGCAAGAUGUUGCCAUGGCGACUGAAAAGUUGGGGAAAGGGAAACUGCUCUUCACAAUCAUUAAAGCCUUUCUGGUUACUUCCUUGAUGAUUCUGGCUUUUGAGAUUGUUGCUUAUUUCAAUGGUUGGCAAUAUUUUAACAACCCCAAUUUGCACAUUCCGAGAACUAGUGAUACCCAGGGACUGUUCCACUUGGCUUACGUUACUUGGUUGUGGUUCCGCGCUGAUUACAUUGCACCUUUAAUUCAAGCCUUGUCUAAAUUUUGUGUUGCUCUAUUCCUCAUCCAAUCUGCAGAUCGUUUGAUACUUUGCUUAGGCUGCUUUUGGAUUAAAUACAAGAAGAUUAAGCCCACAAUGGAGGGGGAUCCAUUCAAGUUGGACGAUGUCGAGGGAUCUGGUUACCAGUACCCCAUGGUUCUUGUUCAAAUCCCAAUGUGUAACGAGAGGGAGGUAUACGAGCAGUCUAUCUCUGCUGUUUGCCAACUCGAUUGGCCAAAGGACCGAUUAUUGAUUCAGGUUCUCGAUGAUUCUGAUGAUGAAAGCAUUCGGUGUUUAAUUAAAGCUGAGGUUGCUACAUGGAACCAAAGAGGUGUCAACAUAAUUUAUCGACAUCGGUUAGUAAGAACCGGUUACAAGGCUGGGAAUCUGAAGUCUGCGAUGAGCUGCGAGUACGUGAAGGCCUAUGAGUUUGUAGCAAUAUUUGAUGCAGAUUUCCAACCUAACCCUGAUUUUCUAAAGAAAACAGUUCCACAUUUCAAGGACAACCCCGAGUUAGGAUUAGUUCAGGCUAGAUGGGGUUUUGUGAACAAAGAUGAGAACUUGUUGACUCGUCUUCAGAACAUUAAUUUAUGUUUCCACUUUGAAGUUGAGCAGCAAGUAAAUGGAGUAUUUUUAAAGUUCUUUGGUUUUAAUGGAACUGCUGGUGUUUGGAGAAUUAAAGCUCUUGAGGAGUCUGGAGGCUGGCUUGAAAGGACUACUGUAGAGGACAUGGACAUAGCCGUUCGUGCUCAUCUCAAUGGUUGGAAGUUCAUCUUCCUAAAUGAUGUCAAGGUCCUCUGUGAAGUUCCAGAGUCUUAUGAAGCAUACAGGAAGCAGCAACAUCGAUGGCAUUCAGGACCAAUGCACCUCUUCCGCUUAUGCCUACCGGCAAUCAUAACUUCCAAGAUAGCUGUAUGGAAGAAAGCAAAUUUAAUACUCCUAUUCUUUUUAUUGAGGAAGCUUAUCCUUCCCUUCUACUCCUUCACAUUGUUUUGCAUAAUUCUUCCUCUAACCAUGUUUGUACCCGAAGCCGAGCUUCCUGUUUGGGUCAUUUGUUAUGUACCUGUUUUCAUGUCUUUCCUCAACAUUCUUCCAGCCCCGAAAUCGUUCCCUUUCAUUGUUCCUUACCUUCUAUUUGAGAACACCAUGUCUGUGACCAAAUUCAAUGCAAUGGUGUCUGGAUUAUUCAAGUUGGGCAGCUCCUACGAGUGGGUUGUCACCAAGAAGGCCGGCAGGUCAUCAGAAUCCGACUUAUUGGCUGCUGCCGAGAGGGAAUCAAAGACACCAAACCAGCUACAAAUUGAGAGCGGAGCUUCUGAAAGCGAGCUCACUGAAUUAAACCAAUUAAAGGUGGAUCCUGUGCGAGUUAAGAGGGUGAAUAAGAUAUACAGGAAAGAACUCACACUGGCAUUCCUCCUACUCACAGCCUCAGUUCGUAGCUUGUUAGCGGCACAAGGAGUACAUUUCUAUUUCCUGCUCUUCCAGGGGUUAACAUUUCUCCUAGUCGGUCUAGAUUUAAUAGGAGAGCAGAUGAGCUAAGGCUGCGUGGCAUCCAGUUUUCAGUACCCAAAAAUUUCAUUUUCUACAUUCUCAUUGAGAUGCGCGAUAUAGUUGUGUAGCCGUUUUCGUUUUCGUUUCCAUUUUAUGUUUUAUUCUUACAUUGGAUAGUGUCCAUUUAUUCUUCCUUAGGUGUUGGAGCUUUGUCAUAGGUAUGAUUGGUACGUCACCCUGAUUCUUGCUUCAGUAUGUUUGGCUCUAAAGAUUCAAUUCGUAUUGUAUUUGUAAAGCUGGAAAGCUCGAAUAAGGCAAACGAAUGAACUUGCGUCAUGA